GUAUGGAAUGAAUGACACAAAACAAACAAAAAACAAUCGGUUUUAUUGCUAUUCAUUUAAAACAUAUGUAUUGUCUUUAAUAUUAUUGGAUCUAAUAGUUGUUAUUAAUAUUCAUAUCAUAUAUGUGUUGACAUAUAUCCCGACGCCAACCGAUACUAACCAUUCCGUAUAUGGACGACACCGACGACAAUCUCGAUACUGUUCUGCAAGAGUUUGCCGACAUUGGCGCCGAACCGCCAAAUAAGCGACAAUUGUGUCCGAAAUGCAGUCGGCCAAUGAGGGUGUGUUGGUGUCCACAUCUGACCGAACGACUAAUUGAGACCAAAAGCCGUGUCGUAAUACUUCAACAUCCGAAUGAAGAGAAACGAUGUCUUCGGACGGCAAAGAUUCUCGAGUUGAGUCUCGCCAGCGGUCGGUGUCUUGUGAUUAGAGGCAAACGAUUUACUUCGUAUAAAUAUCCAGUACUUAAGGAACUAAUCGAUGGCCAGUCGGUGAUGACAACAAACGGCUGCGAAACUAUUGCACGCAAAACGGUUGUCGUCUAUCCAGGAAUUGACAAACAUCAAAGUUGUGUCGAUUCAUCAAAAAAUUUCAAAUAA